AUGAGUGAAAUUGAAAAAACUACUAUUGAAGACAGAAUUUAUAUUGGUAAUGUUGAUUUCAAAGCCAAUGAAGAUGAUUUAAAACAAUUUUUUGAAGGGUUAACAGUUACCGAUGUUGAUAUUCCUAGUAAAACUUUGAAGUUAGGAAAGAAAACUAUUGAAAAACACUUGGGAUUUGCUUUUAUCCAAUUCAAAGAUAAAGAAGAAGCCGAUAAAGCUAUUGAACAAUUUAAUGGUAAAGAAUUCAAGAAUCGUAAAAUCUAUGUGAAAAAAGCUGUUCCUCCACCAACUGAAGAAGAGAAGGCUAAGAAGAAUGAAUUAUUUAAAGCCAAAAAGGCUGAACAAGCGGAAAAGGCCAAACUCAGAGCUAAAGCUAAAUUGGACGCUAAGAAGAAAGCUAAAGAUGUGAAAGAAGUUAAAGAAGUUAAAGAAGUGAAGGAAACCAAAGAAUCUAAACCUAAAGAUGUCAAACCAUCCAAGGAAGUCAAAGAACCUAAAGAAGUCAAAGAAGUCGAAGAAUCAAAAGAAUCAAAAGAAUCAAAAGAAUCAAAAGAAUCAAAAGAAUCAAAAAAAGAAGAAUCAAAAGAACCUGAAUCUGAUACUAAAAUACCUGAUGGUAAAGCCUCAGAAGAUACUAUAUUCAUCACCAAUCUUGACUAUAAAGUCAAUUACAAGGUGUUAAAUAACUUAUUCAAAGAGUUGAAACCAAAAUGGAUUCAUGUCCCAACUAGACAAGUAUCACCAUUCGUUUUAAAAAGAAAUAAAGCUUUGGGAAGACCAAUCUUUAAUAAAGGAAUCGCUUUUGUCAAAUUUACUGAUAAAGAAAAUCAAUUGAAAGCUGUUGAACAAUUCAAUGGUAAGGAAAUCAAUGGUAGAGAAAUCAUUGUUGAUAUUGCUGUUGAUGCUAGAAUUCCAAAAGAUUAA